UUUAAUGUUGCAAAUGAGAUCAUUGCAGUUGAUCAACGUGAUAAUGACAAAAUUACUCUAUCUGGGCAGUGACUAAAUUUCAAAUUGAACGCGAUAGACGCGCCUCCUUACAGUUGAUGCUGUAGCUACAGAUGCUUCUAGCAACUUGGAUUUUACUGUUCAAUUACUUAUUUGCGUGUAUACAUUAAUUUCUAACCUAACAUCAGUCAGUUGCAUUCGUGUUAUCCAACGUUCAUGCAAUACACGCUCUUAAACAUUUCUCUAAUAACAUAUGAUUCAUUACUAAGAUUAUCUGAGAAAAUGAUGUUGCGUGGUUCCACGUGCAUCAAAUGACAGCGUACGUGUUUGAAGUAAACUUGUUUAUUAUCAUGUAAUUUUAAAACGGAACACUUCGAUGAGGUAACAGGGGAUGGGAAUCAAUGGAUAUAUACAAUAGCAGAAAACGAUGGUUUUUUGGUACCGUUAGAUAAUUUUCUUGCGAGCUGCAAACGAAGGCCGAUUUCUCUAGAAAGAUAUCAUUCAAAGUAUAAGUAAAUUGUUGAAGUACAGGUCUGAAUCACAGAUAUUCUCUAACCAUCACUAUGUGCGAAAACGCCCACAUUGAAGAGCAACGGCAACUUUUACAAAGUUUACGGACUACCGUCGAAGGAUUAUUAGUCGAUGGUGUUUUAAACGUGUGGAAUGUUUACGGUGGUUUAAAUCGACUUCACCAUGUAAUGGAGCGGAUAUUUAAACAUGGCUGUCGAAUAUUUAAUCGAAAUUUUUAUAUCACUAUGUACAUUGGAGAACCAGAUUGUUGGAUUUUUAUUCAAGGAUUAAAUUGGUUACAACCUUCGUUAGCUGUGUCACCUGUUCUAUCUGAAGUUGAGGAUUACCUUUCAAAUUUACCAGCAAGAAUAACAUCCCAAAAAGAUAUGUUAUGGCUAUAUAAAAGCUUGGAGAGUCAUUCGUUAUCACAUAAGCUUUCCUGGCUUUUAUCUGAUAAAGAACAUUUACUUUCUUGUUUCGAACCAUGGGCAUUUUUAUGUCAAGAAAAUUUGGCUGAAGCCACGCUCUUAUGUUUAAGAGCAGUUGAACGAAAUCAACCGGUUUUAUUGACAGAAAUUGACCCAUUUUUGUUCCUACCUUCUUGGAUUUCUCCCAAAACAAGUCCAAAGAGGCAUCGACGUUCCUCUUCGUAUCCAAUUAAUUUUUCUACAACAAAUUUCAGUGUGGCAAGAGACAGAAACAUACACAUUGAAAACUGUCAGUUAGAAUCACUGAGAAUAUCAGAAAAUGCAACGAUUCAACAAGAUAAUAUUAAGCCUGAAGAAAAUUAUCACAAGACAGAUGUCAAAGAAGUUAAUGAUAUACCUUUAAAAACUUGGAAUAGUCUCUCUGCGCUAACUAAAAGCUAUACAAUUUCAAGUACGAAUUCUCCCUCUUCAUUAACUGUUGCAGAUACUAUCUCCCAUAAAAGUAAUGAAUCUCAAACCUCUAAAGUUGAAUUAUCAAAACUAAUUAAUGUGAAUUAUGCUGAAUUAAAGCAGUCUACCUCUAUUGUUAUCGAUAAUAAAUUAUCUGUAAGACCUAGAACACCUUUAAGAAAAGCAAAAAGUAGAAAUAAGAUGAAACAAACGCAAACAAUUAAAAAGUCCAUUGAGGGAUCCGAUUCAAUAAAUAACGAUGAUUCAUUAAUAAAUACAGUAAAAGAAUAUCGUAUUCCAUCCUCAUCAUCGAACGAAACUGAUGAGAACAAACAUACAACAGAUUCUGCGAAAGUUAAUAUAGCUCAAAAAUCAAGAAGAAAAAAUUCUUUUUUACCCGGAUCGGCACCCGAAUUUAGUGGCCCAUGGAGUUUAGAAAUCGAAGGUCAGAAGGAUAUUAGAACACCAAAGAAGAGUUUCAUGGAAGAUGGUGGAAGUAGUGUUCAACCAAUGGCGAUAGGAUAUUUUCCACGUCCGGUAGAAGGUCAAAGUUUGACAAGCUUUCUAGCAUCUGCACAAUUUUCUAGAGCCAACGCCGAAUUGGAUAGAGAAAAUGCACACUUCAGUGUUUCCGAAGCCAUGAUAGCUGCCAUUGAACAGGUAAAAUGCAAUAGACAAUGGUGUUUUAUGGAAGAAGCAAUCGAAGAAAGCGAUGAGGAAAUAAACAGUUUAAAACAAAGAAUACGAUUACGUCGUCGUCAACGACAAGAGGAGCGAAGCAAAAGAAGAACGUGGAAUCGAGAUCUAUUGAGUGACGGAAAAACGGAUACAACUACUACUGAUCAAAGUGUUAGCCCUUUGUCGACUUCAUCGGAUACUCCAUCUGAGAAUAUCUCUACAGACGAUGUAGAGGAUAUAGAAAUGAAUGAUGAACGAAAUGCAUUGAAACUUAAAAAUGCUGGAAUUUCAAUUUCCAUGGCAUCUUUGUAUUCUGAUGCAGAUUUGUAUCAGUCGUCUCCUUCGCAUGGAACGGAAUCGACCCUGACUGAAAGCAGUAUGUCGGCUGAAGGUGUAGCUUUAUCGCUUAUUAGUAGGUUUAGUGAAAAACAACUGCCAAGGGCAAGCGAAUUACAAUGGUUAGUCUCUGAAAAAGAUGCACCGCAAAGAUUAUUACCGUUACCUAAAAGUUGGCCCGUUAGUCCGGAUGAAACAGAAAGUUCACAAACGAUACCGUUGCGUGGAACCACGGAAUGGGCUCCUCCUAGACCACAAAUUAUUUUCACGCCUCAUCCUCCACCAGUGCGGCGCACACUUAUAGCCAAACAGAAUUACAGAUGUGCAGGGUGUGGAAUGAAAGUAGCAGUGAAAUAUGUAAAUAAAUUUCGUUACUGCGAAUAUUUAGGUAGAUAUUUCUGUACUGGUUGUCAUACCAAUCAAGUGGCAUUAAUACCAGGGAAAAUUUUAUCUAAAUGGGAUUUUAAUAGAUAUCCUGUAUCAAAUUUUUCGUACAGACUAUUAGAUCAGAUGACCUUAGACCCCUUGUUCCAAGUGAAUGAUUUAAAUCAAUCACUUUACAGACGUAUAAAGCAAUUAGAUAGAACGAGAUUACUACGUACACAAUUAUUUUUUUUUAAAGACUUUCUAUUCACAUGUCGCUUCGCAACAAGUGUUCAAGAAAUGUUGAAAAAAGAACCAAAUUACAUAAUAAGUGAUCCUCACGUGUAUUCCAUUCAGGAUCUAAUGCAUGUUAAAUACGGAAUUCUGCCUAUAAGAUUACAAGAAUUAGUUCAAGUUUGCAACAUGCAUAUUAUAGGAUGCGAGUUAUGUCAAGCUAGGGGAUUUGUAUGCGAAUCAUGUUACUCUAAAGAUAUUAUAUUUCCAUGGGAAUUGUCGAAAGUCAGUAGGUGCGAAAUGUGUGGUGCCUGUUUUCAUACCGAAUGCAAGCAGAAAUUUAACAAAACAGACUGCCCGCGAUGCGUACGUUUGCACAUCAGACGAAUAUCCAGGGAUGAGAAAUUUUGACACACGGUAAUAUCGUCUUAUAUUGUGCGUUUAUUUGUAGAAAUUGAAUUGAUUCUCUAAAUAGGAAAUUGAACAUAAAUUAUUGAUUCCAAAAGGCUAUAUUUUCUAAAACUAGACAUAUUUAAGAUUCUAUUUAUUGUAUUUAUCUUAGAUUUAUUAGUAAAAAUUGUAUAAUCUCUUCAUUUUAUUGAAAAUUCGAUAUAUUCGUAUUUAUAGAGCUUUUGAAUCUGUAAUGUUGAAAUCGUUUAAAAUUUUUAAGAUACAGUAUUCCUGUAAGUAAAACCUUAUUUAUUGCAGUUAUACGAACUUCAAAUGUAGCAAAGACUGAACAAAUGUGAUAUUUAAAUGAAAUUAUAACUUUAUCACUUAAGUAUUUUAAUACAUUUUUGUCAUUGUUACGUAUUUAUUCGUUUAAUAUUACGUAAUGUGUUAUUGUAGGAAAAGGAAGAUAAAACAUGAAUUAUUGUUUAUUUAUAAAAUUUUAACU